AUGACGGGUGUUCACAAAGAUUAUUCAAUCGAAGCCUCUGAACCUUUGCACGAUCAACAGGAGAAUGUUGUGUUGAACAGUGAUAUUUUUAUGAACAGGGUUACUUUCUAUGUAUGGAUUACAACAAGAGAAAUUGGCAUUGAUAUAUUAUUAGGAAUAUUGUUAUCCUGUGUGAUAAUUAUUAUCUUUUCUCAUUCUGUGGAUACGAAAGGUAUUGCUGCUGUUGUACUUUUUUUUUGUUCAAUACCAACAAUCCCAUGGAUUUAUUACAACAGCUCAUGGGAAAAAAUUUUAGCAACGAUCGAGCUGCACAGUCAAAUGACAUUAUAUUGUGAGGUUAUAAAGUAUCGUGCCUGCUCCGAUCCUAAGACAUGGGAUAUCAUUGCAGCUAACAUGUACCGACAUUUUGCAGAGGAAGGGAUUUAUCUUUCAUUAUACGAUGGGCGUGAUUAUUUGAACUUGUUUAUGAAAUUAAACGAGAGGCAGAAGAUUACAAAUAAAGGAGCUAGUAGAGGUAAAAUGCAAAAAACUGCUAGCGAGACCACUAAUGUUGAAGUACCAAUGCAGGAUAUGUCUCCCAGUCCAAGCGAUCAAACGGAAUCUGCACCAGCUUCAAACUCAAAGAGUAAUGAAAAUGAUACAGAGAAUGCAGGUUUGCUAGAUGUUAACACACUAAUGGAAGAAGCGCUUUCUGUAUUUAGGCAAGCUGAAACCGAUUACUGGAUAGAGCGAUAUCCUGAGGUUGCUAGAUAA